UUAUGAAGGGUGGAAAACAAUCAAAGAAUAAGACAAUUUGGGAUUAAGUUAAAAAUGAAGAAAAAGACUUCUAUUUCAACUUCCUUACCAAAAAAUAUAGAAAUCUCUAAAAAAAACUUAAAGACAUUGCUGAUUUAGAAGAAUUGUAAAAAACAAAAGAAUUGAAACCUGAAUAAGUUUAGAAGAUUCAAAAUAAAGAUGAGAAUAAUGAAAGAAUUAAAGAAUUAGAAGCCUAAGUCUCAAAUUGGUUGUAAGCUAAGAAGGAAGCAGAAUAAAGUGGUUCUAUCAUCACCUAAGAAGCUUUCAUCCUAAUAUUGGAGCAUUUAUCAGAGAAUUAAGACACCCUAGAACUACUCUCUUAAGAUCAUUAAUCUUUAUAUGAAUUGGCUAAAUAGCUUCAAAUUAGAGUCAAUAAUCAAUAAAAGAAAAAGGAUCAAUAAUGGAAGGGUUUGAAAGUAUUUAUUAAUAAAUAAUUAAAUUUUAGUUAAAACACUAAUCAUAACCAGAAGUUCAUCAUGAAGAAACAACUUAAUAAAUAUAAUAAUAAUAAGAGACUACUUAAUAACCAGACACAAUUGAAACUCAUAAGGAACAUCCUGUCUAAUAAGAAUAAUAUGUCUUGAUGAAAUCUAGUCCAAAGAAAUCAUUCUAAGAUGAAAAUCGUUAAUAAGUUCAUCAUUAACCUAUAGAUUAGCUUACAAAUUAACAUACUGAAUAAUAAGAAUAAUAAGAAAAAUAAAAUCACCCUUAAUAAGAAGUUCCAUAAUCAUAAGUACCAGAAGGAAAAGAGGAACAUUAACAUGAUUAAAAAGGUUAUCAUUAACACCCAAGAGAUGGACAUAGACAUCAUCAUCAUCAUGAUGAUCAAAGAAAAGGAUACAAAAAAAAUUAUCAUAACGACAGAAGAAAUAAUAAUAAUGGAGAUAACAAUAAAUAAUAUAGAGGAAAUAGAUACCAUAAUAGAGAUAGACCCUAGAGAGAAGAAUGGUUAGAAAAGAAAGAAAUUCAAGAACAUGAUUAAAAUAAUAAUAAUUAAGAUCAAAACAGUUCAGAUGAAGAAUAUAUCACAAUAGAACGUAGGUUAAGAAAUUUUGUAUAUUUCUAGAACAAAAAAGCCUUAAUAGAAACCAAACAGAGGAUCUAAUAGACAUCAUUAUGAUAACAAGAAUAGAUCAUAAAGAAAUCCUGGUGAUAAUCAAGAGGCUGUUGAUGCAUAAUAAUGAG